AUGCUUCACCGGUAUGCGCUCACCGGGCUAGGCCCUGCAGUUUGUUCUUUUCAAUCUUUUUUCCAGUCUUCUUUAGGGCUACUAGUACAGAUAUGGGACCCGGAUAGUGGAGUGAGUGUCUUGAUGCCGGCUGCGGCGGGCGCAGCAGGAUUGCCUUUCUGGCACCCUUUUGAAGGCGGUCUCCUUUCUUUCUUGUUUGUCAAUGUCUCUGUCUUAAGCCUUGGCUCGGGGAUGGCGAUGUGCUACUGCAUGAAACAGAACCGGUCAGUGAAAAAAGAUGUUGGAUGGUACCUGGAGGCUUAG